AUGCUGCAAAACAUGACCCAAACGAACCCGUUUUGGGCAGCGCAAGCGAUGCUCCAUCGCGGGAUCGCGAUGGGGCAGAGCGCGGCGCUCCCGCAGGCGGGGGCGACGACGAACGGGGCGAGCGCGGCGACGGAUGAGUUGACGCGGAAGAAAUUGGCACGCAAGCAAUCGAAUCGCGAUAGCGCGCGUAGAAGCCGGUUGCGCAAGCAGGCUGAAACGGUCGAGAUAAACGUUAAAGUGAGCGAGCUCGAGCGAGAAGUCGUCGCGCUUCGUGAAGAAAAUCAGCGUUUGAAAAAGCGCCUCGCCGAGAACGAAGGGCAACGUGAACGAAAAACGACAAAAUGA